AUGAGGAUGUGGUUUAAAAUUAUUAUUUUUGCUUAUGGAUUUUUAGUAGAAUCGGGAUAUGCAGAUGAAUUGGACACUUGUAGUCUCGCUGCAAAAGGAAGUCCUCAUUUUCCAGCGAAUUUUAGUUUUGGUGUGGCAACUGCAGCUUUUCAGAUUGAAGGUGGCUGGAAUGAAGAUGGAAAAGGACCGUCAGUUUGGGAUGACUUUGUACAUGAUCAUCCCCAAUUAAUUGAUGAUAGAACUAAUGGUGAUGUAGCAGUUGAUUCAUACCAUCGUUUUGACCAAGAUUUAGCAGCAUUGAAAGAAUUAAAAGUAAAUUUUUAUCGUUUUUCGAUAUCGUGGGCAAGAAUUUUCCCAACUGGCGAUGUAUCAUCAAAAAAUCAAAAAGGAAUCGAUUAUUACAACGAAAUUAUUGACAAAUUAAUUGCAAAUGGAAUUCAACCAAUGGUUACAAUGUUUCAUUAUGAUCUACCAGCAGAAGUUCAGAAAAAUGGUGGAUUUUUAAAUUCUAAAAUUAUCAAUCAAUUUGCAUCGUAUGCAAAAGAGUUGUAUAAACUUUUUGGAGACAGGGUAAAAACUUGGGUAACUCUUAACCAACCGUUACUUUACUGCCGAUCCAGUUAUGGUUAUGGCUUUUAUCCUCCUCAAUAUCUUAAUGCUGGUGUAGAUGAUUAUAUUUGCAUGGAAAAUAGCUUAAAGGCUCAUGCUGUAGCUUAUCACACUUAUAGAACACAAUUUUAUAAAAAACAACGUGGUAAAAUUGGAAUGGCAAUUCUCAGCAAGUUCUUUUAUUCAAAAACAAACGAACAAGACGCUAUUGAACUUGGACUGCAGUUUGCGCUUGGUUUCCAAGCUCAUCCACUUUUUGCCAAAUCUGGUGGAUACCCAGAAGUCGUUGCUUCAAAUAUUGCUAAAAAUAGUUUGAAAGAAGGAUUUAAUAAAACUCGGUUGCCAAUGUUUGAUGAAAAAUGGAGGAAACUUAUAAAGGGUUCUGCUGAUUUUCUUGGUUUGAAUUAUUACACAUCAGCUUUUAUUACAAGAGCAAAAGACAAAUCAAAAGUUUUGAAACCAUCAUGGGAAAAUGAUCGAGAUUGUGAUGAGAGUGUUGAUCCAAAUUGGAAAAUAGCAAAGUCUCCUUGGUUGUUAUGUGUUCCUCAAGGAUUGGAGGGUCUCUUAAAGUAUAUUCGUGAUGAGUAUAAUAAUGUGGAAGUAAUUAUUUUAGAAAAUGGAUGGUCGGAUGAAGAAAAUGUUGAAGAUAAUGGAAGAAUAAGUUUCAUUAAGAGCCAUUUACAAGCUAUAUUAAAUGCAAUCAAUGAUGGUUGUAAUGUCACUGGAUACACAUAUUGGAGUUUAAUAGAUGCAUUUGAAUGGGUUAGGGGCUUCACGACAAGAUUUGGACUAUUUUCUGUAGACCUUUCGAGUGAAAAUAAAAAACGUUCUCCCAGGAAGUCAGCUGGAUUUUAUAGAAAUGUCAUUGAAACAAAAAUGAUUCCAGAUAAGAUUUAG